CAAUGUCAAAUAAUGUCAAGUCAAUUGAACUGACGUUUGUUUGUUUUCUUUUGUAAUUUAUUGAAAAUAAUGUAAUAUUGUAAUACAAAUCCAGUUUUUUGAUAUAAAUACGUACAGAUAUUACGUCCAUUCUUUACAUACAAAAUUCUUCAGAUAUUUAACUUCGUGUUCGUGCUAAAUUUGCCACCAAAGCGGUUAUAAGGACAACCGGUUGAAAUCAGCUGGUGCAAUCAACAACGGUUACUGAAGAUGGAAGCUGGCAGCUCCCCGAAGCGGCUGACGACGACACGGCGCGUGAAGUACCGCGAGAGCGCGUGGCGUGUACAUGAAUUCGAGGUGUGGAGCGGCGAACUGCUGUGCCGGGCGGCCGUGCUACGCAUGGAUGGAUCCGCGCUGGUGUGGCUAGGCGCACAGGAUGCACAGCUGGGUGACAUGGCGCUGGGUAUGCCGCACGAGAACGGCGCCCUGGCCACGGCGUUGCUGGGCUCUGCUGACGACGCAGUGCGACUGGCUAGACGCCUGGCCGCAGCGCGCGCUCGCCCCGCGCACGUGUGCUGCUCGCUGGCGCUGAACCGCUUUACAGCGCCGCUGGUGGAGCGCGCUCUGGCGGCUGAGCUUAAAGCUCACCCUGACUGCUUCUGAGCUGCGGAGCGUGCUGAAUAACAGCUGCUGAUUGUGUGACUGUACAAAACUUAUAGUGUAUAUGUUGUGUUACACCUUGUAUUGUUACAUGUUUCAAGGUGAUGAAAUAUCAUUAUGUUGUAUGGUGUAGUAGCCUUGACAGACAAUCAUAAGUUUCCAGAAGGCUGAUAUUUCCAAAUGCUAUCUCUCUCAUUCCCCUGACAUUAUGAGUUGAGCUUAAUAUGGCAUUUUUGGUGUCUUUUCAGUUAUUUGUGUUCACCCAUGACUGCAUGAGACAGUAAUGUAUUCUUGCAAAGCCAUGUUACUACAGCCAGUUAUUGUAAAUUAAGCCUAAUUGAAAUAAAUGAACUUUAACUUUGA